CCCUUUGCCCCUCCCUGCGCACUCAUUGGUCCCUGGCUGCACCUCUGACUGGGCAUGUGUGUAUGUGUUAGCUGUUAGCGUGUAGAGAUGGCCGCAGACAAGCAAAACGACGCUAAAGUUUCCCUAAUGGAAGAAAAUAAAGAAAACUUACCGGAUGGAGGACUUGGACUGGAAAUCUUGCAAAUCAUCAAAGAAUCCCAGCAGCAGCACGGCCUCAGGCAUGGAGACUACCAGAGAUACAGGGGCUACUGUUCCCGCAGGCUACGGCGCCUCCGCAAGACUCUUGGCUUCAAGAUGGGAAACCGACACAAGUUUGUUGGGAAGAAAGUCACUGUGGAAAUGCUUUCUGAUAACAGGUAUCUUCUGCUGGUUUUGAUGGAAGCAGAGCGUGCAUGGAGCUACGCCAUGCAGUUGAAGCAGGAGGCCAAUACAGAGCCACGUAAGCGCUUCCACCUGCUGUCACGACUACGUAAGGCUGCAAAGCACAGUGAGAAGCUGGAGAAGCUCUGCGAAAGCCCCCGUGUGGACGCCAAAACUAAACUGGAGGCACAGGCCUACACUGCAUACCUGACUGGAAUGGUGGAGUUUGAGCUGCAGGAGUGGAAACAAGCCAUGGAGGCUUUCAACAAGUGCAAGACCAUUUAUGAGAAGCUGGCCAGUGCCUUCACUGAGGACCUGGCAGUUCUGUACCGCCAGCGUGUAGACGAGAUAUCGCCCAACAUUCGCUACUGCGCUUACAAUAUUGGUGAUCAGAAUGCCAUCAAUGACCUGAUGCAGAUGAGGCUGACUGGUGGAGGAGGUGGCAUGAUGGCUGAGAAACUAGAGGCACUGAUUACUCAGGCGCGAACCAAGCAGGCGGCCACUAUGAGUGAAGUGGAGUGGCGAGGACGCACGGUGCCCGUGAAGAUCGACAAGGCUCGCGUCUUCCUGUUGGGUCUGGCAGACAACGAGGCCGCCAUCGCUCAGGCAGCUAAUGAGGAAACCAAAGAACAUCUGUAUGAGACCCUGCUGGCCGAGUGCAGAGACACCAUCCAGGCAGUGAAAGAGGAGCUCAAGACUGAGGCGAAACAGCGAGAGAGGAGCUCUGAUGGUGACACUGGGAAGGUGUCCAACCUGCAGUACCUGCACAGCUACCUGACCUACAUUAAGCUGUGUACACUGGUGAAGAGGAAUGAGAGCAUGGCUCAUACUCUGCAGGCCAAACUGAAGGAGCCCGAGGCCGACGAGAGCAAGAGGGGGCCCCGUCCACAGGAUCUCAUCCGCCUGUAUGACAUCAUCCUGCAGAGUCUGGCAGAGCUCUCCACCCUGCAGGGUCUGGAGGAUGACCACACCUUCCAAAAGGAGGUGUCCCUGAAGACCCUGGUCUACAAGGCCUACAGGUGUUUCUUUAUAGCCCAGUCUUAUGUGUUAGUGAAGAAGUGGAGUGAGGCGCUGGUGUUGUAUGAAAGGGUGCUGAAAUAUGCCAAGGAAGUCCAAUCUAAGGCCAAGAGCCUCAACAACAGCCUCAAGGAUCUCCCCGAUGUCCAGGAGCUCAUUGCUGAGGUCAACGCUGAAAAAUACUCACUUCAAGCUGCUGCCAUUUUAGACACCGACGAGAUAGUUGAAGUUCCUCAGCAGCUGGUGAAAGACAACACGCCCCUCUGUGACCACCUGGAGACCUUCCGCUUUGACCCCAGUCUCGUCGGAAAACAGCCCAGUCUGGUCCAGUUCCCACCCGACUUCCAGCCAAUACCCUGCAAGCCUCUGUUCUUUGACCUUGCUCUUAACCAUGUGGCCUUCCCACCGCUGGAUGACAAGGUGGAACAGAAGGGCAAGGGCGGUCUGACUGGCUACAUCAAGGGCAUUUUUGGCUUCGGCAGCUAAACCUAAACCCACACUUCAACCUCCAUGUGAGAGCCACAGGGCCCAGAGUUUACUGCAACCAGCCAGAAUUGGGUCAGCUGUUAGUUAGAAUCAUUUCAGUUUGUCUUUUAUGUUUAAUUUUUAGUGCCUAUGUGCAGAGGGGUUGGAGUUGGCAGUUCUGAGGAAGACGGAGUCAAUAUAGUCUUCUCGGAAAGAUUAAUGAAAUAGUAGCACUAUGACCCAAGUCCACAUCCAGCUUCAGUAAUCGUAUCAGCCUGCAUGGCUUCACAGCAUACAGGCUCCCUCCUUAAACUGAGCAAUGGAGGUGUUGGCAACUUUUAACACAUUAAUAUGCCGUGGUUUUGAUGAGUGAAGUCAAGCUGUCAAUCUCACGGUAAAAGAUUAAAUUUUUUCCCUCCUGUGUUUUAAAUGCGCCUUCAUAUUGUGUUUUUUUUCCUUUUGUAAAUGGAUUGUUCUGCAUUUUUCUUAGCCCUCUAAAAACAAAAAGAUAUGUUUUGAUCUCAUCAGCCUCAACAUUAAUUACAAGACCUAUAGCUGACCAAACUGUAAUCAUCUGUAUGAUUUCAUCAGUCAUCACAAACUAAAGUUUGUCCUCUUAAUCUUUGCCCCUUGUUGCUUUGACGGCAUAAAAAUCCUCAUAAACACUGUACAGCCACAAGACCUUGUGUUGGGACAAGAAAUGUCAGCUUGCUCAGGUGCCUAAGAGUGUACUCGCACUGAGCUGCUCCUCCCAGUGUUCAGUUGUUUUGACCGGUGUGUAACUGUUAGAAGAAAACAGGUGGCCAUGGGUCCGUAGCUGAAACGCUGCUUCAACAUCUCAGUUAUUAACCAAUAAAUCACUGGUAAAUAAAGAACAAGGUUUCACUGUAAGUGUGCCUGUCUUUAACUUUAAACUCUAUAACGUGAACUGUAGCACGUGUCUCUGAGUGGAGAGGAGAUGUUUGAGUUUGGGUUUAAGGAAAAAUUGGAAGAAAAUCUUCAGAGCAUAACCUCCAGAAACAUACUCGGGCCUGAGUGCAGGCACACGAGGACAAGUGUGACAAGUAGUCCUUUAGUUGUUCCACUUGGUUGUGAUUUAGUAGCGGCGAGGAUCCGAACAUGUACAACAUCCAGUUCCUCCUAAGUGCCCUGUGGGUGGGCACCACAUCAUAACAAACAAAGCUGUCACUGUCAAAGGUGUAGGGGCUGUCCCUCAUCUGCAGAUGUGAUGUACUUUUAAUCAUCGCAAGAAGAAAUUUUUCCAGUCUGUGGUUUUCUGUUUUUUCUUCUCUGUCAUCCUAUGUCAUUGCGCCAAAGCCUCUCGAAACCCAGCCUCUGAAUUCAGGAAACUGGGACAGGGCUAGCAUGACUAAUGACAAAGCUAUGAGUCACAGUUUGAAAUGAUCCUUUCUGAAUAAAAGAAGCUGGAUUGGCCAGUGUUUUUAUUUCUUUGGUAGUUCGAGCCUAAACUCACCAGGCAGUUCAUUAGAUGCACUAACCAGCUAGAACUAAAGCAGUCACAUACAACACACACUGCAGUAAGAGGCUGCUUAUUUACAGUCAUAAUAAUGGCGGCAUUCCCUCCAUGACAGUUGUAUUAUCCUGCUUUAGUUUUAGCUACUUGGUUUUUUUGUACUUUGUUGCAUUUUUCUUGCCCUCAAACGUGACGUCCUGUCAAAGGUCCAACUGCUUCAAUAGCGUCGUCUCGCUGGAAGUAGAAAGCUCUUUAAAGGUCCCUCUGCUACAUGUUUUCAAAUGGUACCUGCUUGUUGACGGCAGGUUCAGCUCAUGAGACUGUAAUCUGUUACUGUAAAGCUUUUAAUGGUGUGUAUUUAUCUACAAAGGACAGUGGCAGACAUCAGGACACUGAAGGAGCUGUUAGCAAACUUUCAUUCAUCCCAUUGCCAACACCACACCUCUGUCUGUCUGUCAUGGGAAGGACUACAAAAAUGUUUUCAUCACCUUUGACAUGUCUGUGGAUUUUCUGUUUUACAUAUUUGUCGGGAUGUAUUGAAACCCCUGAUCUUUAUGUGACCUGGUUUGCCUGUGAGACUUGGUGAAACACUAGGAAAGGACGGUUUCAGUCUCACUAACAUGUUUAACUUUUUUUGUUUUUUUUUUUUUUUGUUGCUUAAUUUUGUCUUCACCCCCCCCUCUUCCCUACUCAAGUGUUUUUACGCUAAGUAAGAUGGAUGGGCUGGAACAGUUCCAGCACUUUACCUCGAUUAGCCUGGAAAACAAAAUAGCUAUAAUCUGUAGAUGCUGGAAACGUUUGUGUGUGUGUGUGACGAGAGUAAUGAAAUGAGGAGAUCGUAUGAUUUCAUGUAGUUUCCAGCCUGGUAAUUAAAGUAUAUUUGCACCAAA